UACUUUUUUGCCCCACUGUAUAGUGUGGUGGUAUAUAGUAUGGUGAUAUAUAGUAUGUUGAGGUCACCCUGCUUGAGACUUAAAGUAAAAUUGCCCUUGCUCAACCAAGACCAUGGUUAUGGUAGAGUGAUUGGUUAGUAAGAACACUGCUUCGUGAGUGUGAAGUGUUGUUGUACAGAGGUCCCUGGGUACAUGUCCAGAGCCAGACAGGGACAGAACUCACUCUGUUCCACAAAGUUCUGUGGAAGAUUUGCUAACAGAGGAGAGUGGUUAUGUAUCUAAGUACAAAUGUAACCAUCAGAAUAAUGUUUAUUUGUGUUCCUUACUCCUUACUUACACAUCCCAUCAUUGACAUAGUCAAAGCCAGACCUUCUGUCUGUCUCUCCUUCUUGCUGGUUGACUAGAGUGGAAAUCUAUAGUAUUGUAUGGUUGACCUGGGAUAGAGCUGAAAUGUGGCCCGAUGUAGUGUUGCCUUUGUACCAAACACCCUUACAGUCAUAAACCUUUUCCCCAUGUAAUCGCCUCGACCUCAGUCUGGUGUUCGCUAACAGUAUCUGAAGAGUCUGUAUACCCAGUGGUGUAUAGUACAGUAGAGCACAGCAGAGUACAGUAGAGUACAGUAGAGCACAGCAGGCCGUAUAGUAGGAGAAGAAGAGGCCCUUUGGGUUCAUUGAAAUACAUAUUCAUAAUAUUUCUGUUAACAAUUUAAUCUGCACCCAGAUUAGUGUUCAAUUUAAUCUGCACCCAGAUUAGUGUUCAAUGUGAUAGAACAAAACUCAGUACAGCACAUGAAUUAGAAAAUGUUGUUACAAAUUUGUGCCACGAGAUGGUGGUAGAUUAUAAAUUUAAAUAGCAUGGACAUUUGAUUUGUCUCUGGAUAGAAAUUGCCCUUGGGCACAGAUCAGUUUACUCUCACCAAAUCCUAACCUUUACCAUUAGCAGUAAAAACACAAACCAGACCUAAGAUCAGUGCAAAGGAGCCACUUCAUCUUACCCCUGUAAUUAUAUGACUCCUAACUUAUAUAUACUGAGUGUACCAAACAUUAGAAACACCUUCCUAAUAUUGAGUUGCACCCCGCCUUUUGCCAUCAGAACAGCCUCAAUUCGUUGGGGCAUGGAAUCUACAAGGUGUUUGAAAGCGUUCCACAGGGAUGCUGGCCCAUGUUGACUCAGUGCCGUGACGGGGGGAGACCCUCUCAGUCUUGGGCACUGUGUUUCUCCUGAGUACGUCUGUGGCCAGGCUCAUGACCCUGGUGUCCCAGCAGUGUGGGCUUCCCGUCAGCUCCUUCAGACUGAGCUCUCCCACCGUCCUGCAACUCUACGACUGCAACCGGCUGCACGACUACGCCAUUGACCUGGGGGCUACUCUACGGUUGGACACCUGGGAUGGGUGGGCGGAGUUCCUCAGAGGCUGCUUCCUGGGACACAGACUGACCGUCCAACGACACCUGUCUAGGGAGAGACCUGUGAUGAGGUUCCAGCUCCGGGUGGCACUCUACAUCGCUGCUUCUCUGGGCCACCUGGACCUGGCCGGCUGGCUGCUGGAGAGGGGGGUGCGUGUCAUUGAGCCGGUGGGGGUUCACCCUUACCGUGAGUGGUGCCACCAGACGGCCCACCCCGACGUCGCCAAGUGUCCCGCUGUCUCCUCCAUCGAGCGCGGCCAGCUCACCAUCCUCAAACUCUUUAUCGCCAGCAGCGUUCUGACCCUUGCCUGUCGGGAUCCCCAGGGUCGUGACCCCCUGAGGAUCGCCCUUCAGUACGGCCACAGGGAGUGUGUGAGUCACCUGGCCACCAAGCUGUGGUCUGUGGUGGUCCUCCCAGGUAUGGCCCUGCCCAUGCGGACAUACCUCCAGAUAAAGGGCUGGGUGAGGCUGGGGCAGAGGAGGGCAGCAUCCAGGCACUGCAUGGGCCUCAACAGGGCUCCGUUCAGGACCAGGGUGGGCGACACGGUCCUGGUAGACGGCUUCACCCUCCCCAAGAUGUCCUCCAAGCCCAGGAGGAGUGAGGCCAAGGCGGGUAUCGGGAUGAUGUCCACAGCCUCUCGAUGUUUGACCCCCAUCAACUGCCCAUCUCAUGUAUCCUGCCCGCUCCGCGCCCUGGCAUCCCAGGAUAAACCUCUUCAACUACCGAAGCUACACCCUGUGGCCACGAGGGAUGAAAGAGAGAAGAAGAGGGGAUGAGGAGGGAAGGGAUGUGAGGAGGAUGAG